GUUAUGUUUUGUUUUAUUUACUAAACACAAAUUAUUCCAUUAGUUCUAAUGGCUAUUUUAUCUGGUGUAUCUGGUGCUUUAAGAAAGGUCACAUCUAAAGAAUAAAAAUUAAUUAUUGCCAUAGCUAAAAAUACCAAAAGAGGCUGUGCAUCAAAAAUCAUUUAAUUUUCUGACACUGUAAUUUUAUUAAAUUUGCAGUCCCUUUCAAGAUGAGUUUCUUCAGGUUAUUGAACUUUGGCAUUACACGAGGAUCUUCGAUAUCGAAGACACAUCAAUCAAAUUGCGAGUGUAGUCCAAAUUUAAUUAAAAUUCGUCCGUCUUCAUCCCACGACACAAUCAGGGUUCCCAUAGAAGUGGUGUUUUCCGACAAGUGCAAUAAGGCCUUGGCCUUCACGUUGGAGGAACGCCAGCGUUUGUGUAUCCAUGGACUCAUGCCGGCCUGCGUUCGAACGUACGAUGAGCAGAUGUUGGCCAUCGAGUCCAACUUUCACUCCUUCGAAUCGAAUGUGGGCAGAUAUCGUUAUUUGCGGGCUCUGCGCCAGGGUUACGAGAGACUGUACUUUCAAUUCGUAUCGAAGAACGUCCACGCGGUGCUGCCCAUUAUCUACACGCCCACUGUGGGCUUGGCCUGCACUGUAUACGGCAUGUUGUAUCGCGGCAUGACCGGAAUACACAUUACCAAACAUGAUCGAGGACACAUGAAGCAGAUCCUGUCCAACUGGCCGAUGCGGAGAUCGGUGAAAGCCAUCUGUGUGACCGACGGCCAACGUAUCCUGGGAUUAGGUGACCUGGGAGCCAAUGGCAUGGGCAUAGCAGUGGGAAAAAUGGAACUGUACACAGCCCUGGCCGGAAUUCCGCCGAGUAUGUUAUUGCCAAUUUGCCUGGAUGUGGGCACAAAUAACAAAUCGCUACACGAGGAUCCCCUGUACAUCGGUCUAAGGGAUGAGCGUUUAAAGGGCGAUGAGUACGUGUGCUUUGUGGAUGAGUUCAUGGAGGCAGUCGUAUCCACCUUUGGAGAUCAAACGCUCAUCCACUUCGAGGACUUUGCGACACCCAAUGCUUUUAUGUUUCUGAAUAGGUAUCAGCAUUGCUACUGCCAUUUCAAUGACGACAUUCAGGGCACUGCCGCUGUUGGUUUGGGUGGAUUGCUUGGCAUCCAGAGGAUCACCAAGAAGCCGCUGGAGGAGCAUGUCAUUGUCUUCGCCGGAGCGGGAAGCGCUGCCAUGGGCAUCGCCUAUUUGCUUAAAAUGGAGCUGAUGUCCAGGGGUCUCUCCGAGGCUGAUGCUGCCAAAAAUAUAUAUUUUUACGAUCAAGACGGUGUCUUGACCACAGCUAGGAAGAGCAUACCGGAUAUUCUAUGCGUUUUCGCCAAGAACAUGAAGGAAACUAAGUCCCUGGAGACGUUGGUCGAACAAGUGAAGCCCUCAAUUAUUAUGGGUGCCACCUCGGCACCAGGACUUUUCACUGAGAAAAUAAUACGCACAAUGGCAGCGAGUCACGAACGUCCUGGCAUCUUUGCCUUCUCCAAUCCCACCAUCAAAUCUGAGUGCACUGCCGAACAGGCGUACAAAUUCUCAGAUGGAAAGGCUAUAUAUUCGGCAGGAUCUCCUUUUCCGCCCGUGGAGUUCAAUGGCAAAAGGCUAACUCCUGGUCAAGCUAACAACUGUUUUGCUUUUCCCGCUUUGGUUUUGGCCACCAUGACUGUUUUGGCCACUCGAAUGCCAGACGAGAUAUUCCUUUUGGCCGCCCACGAGCUCGCUGAAUUUCCAACCAAUGAGGAGAUGCAAAGCGGACGUAUCUAUCCUCUGGUGAAGCAGGCCAAUGAAGUUGCCUACAAAAUAGGCGUGAAAGUGGCCAAGUAUCUGAUAGAAAACGGUUAUGCUAAGCGCAAUUUAGAACCGGAAGAUGUUGAGGAGUAUAUCGAAAAGAAUAGCUAUAAACUGACCUAUGGAAGCUCGCUGGCUGAGACUUGGGCGUAUCCAAAAAUGAAACCGCAUCCAAGUACAGCCGGCCAUGAAAAUAAACAUCAAAAGAAAAAGUAGGCGUUUCGAAUAAAAAUUUAACAUCUCAAAAUUCCCAAAUGAAAAGGUACCCAUAAAAAUUCGGACUUGCAAAAAAAAUUUUAAACCAUGGAAUUUCGCCGGCUGCAUCCAUUGCUGCGCCUUGCAUCCCGUCCUCUUCUGAGUUCCAGCAGGCGGUUCAGCGUUUAUGAUGACGAAAUGGAACAAAUAACAAGACCUGACUGGCAUGUUGUUAUGAAUGGAAAGUACAAUAAGGGCCUUGCGUUCACCAUUAAGGAACGGCAACGUUUGGGCAUCAUGGGAUUGAUGCCCUGCUCCGUGCGCUCCAUGGAUGACCAGAUGAAUGCGGCCCUGGCGAAUUUUGAGGCGAGACCCACAGAUAUCGCCCGCUUUACAUACUUGAGUGCUGUCCACCAUCGACACCGGCGACUGUACUACCGGUUCAUCAAGGAGAACAUCGAGAAAUCGCUACCCAUUGUUUAUACACCAACGGUGGGCGAUGUGGUGGCCACCUAUGGACUGAACUUCCAGCAGGCCAUCAGCCUGUUCAUCAGCAUUCACGACAAGGGCCACAUCCGGGAUCUUAUGCACAACUGGGUGGACGAGGGCGUUAAGGCCAUCUGUGUGACGGAUGGCGGAAGGGUACUGGGUCUCGGGGACAUGGGUGCCAAUGCGAUGGGCAUUAGUUUGGGCAAAAUGAUCCUAUAUACGGCUUUGGGUAGCAUUCCGCCGAGCACACUAAUGCCCGUUUGCCUCGACGUGGGUACCGAUAAUCAGGCCCUGCUGCAGGAUCCCCUUUAUGUUGGGGCACGAAUACCGCGGGUCAAGGGACCGGAAUACGAUGAACUGGUGGAUGAAUUUAUGGAGUCGGCGGUUAAAUGCUUCGGAAACAACACCUUCAUCCACUUCGAGGACUUUGCCACUCCAAAUGCCUUGAAGUUCUUGGAAAAAUACCAGUACAAGUACUGUUGCUUCAACGAUGAUAUUCAGGGAACGGGAGCCACUGGCCUGGCCGCGUUCAUCAAUGUGGAACGCAUCACUGGCCGUAAAUUGGAGGACACCGUAUUUCUCUUCGUAGGAGCUGGGAGUGCGGCAUUGGGUAUCGCCAAUAUGCUGGCCAUGGAACUGGAGGUACGCGGCAUUCCUGCCGAGGAGGCAACUAAAAAUAUCUACUUGAUGGAUGUCAAUGGUAUUUUGACACCGGAGUCACCUAAUCCACCGGAGAUGGGUAAAAUAUUUAUAAAGUCCAUGGAGCCCAUGAAGGAUAUGAUGGCCGUGCUGAAGAAGCUUAAGCCAUCCGUACUUGUUGGAGCAACUGGUGUGGGUGGAAUUUUCAAUGAAGAAGUACUGAAAACCAUGGCGAAAAAUCACGAACGUCCUGCAGUUUUUCCCCUCUCGAAUCCAACUGCCAACUCGGAAUGCACCGCCGAGCAGGCUUUUACACACACUGAGGGUCGCGUGCUCUUCGGAUCCGGAUCGCCCUUUCCACCAGUGGUCAUCAAUGGCAAAAGAUAUCGCCCCGCUCAGGCCAACAACUGUCUGACUUUUCCGGGCAUCGCAUUGGCCGCCAUUACGGCCAAGGCCCGGUAUCUGCCAAACGAAGUAUUUUCCGUUGUGUCGCACGAGCUGGCCAGGAAUACACCGCAGGAACUACUUGACGAAGGCACUCUGUUUCCGCCCAUCAAGGAUGCACAUAAUGUGGCCUUCAAUGUGGGCGUUGCCAUGACUCAGUAUCUAAUUGAUAAUGAUCUUUCAAAUGUUUACCCAAAGCCCGAUGAUAUCUGUGAGUUUGUCAAGAGAAGUCUGUAUAAGUUCGAUUACAGAAAUUCCCUGCCAACUACGUGGGACUAUCCCGUGGAACCGCCAACACCGAAACCCAAAACCAAACCCAAAACGAAGCCGAAGGAAUAAAGCACGAAGUAAACUUGGCCGGGAUACCUUUAUAUCGAACACUUUUGACCUAAGAAAGAAAGCCUUGUGUGUAAUUAGUUGCAGAUGCAAGUGUACAAAGACCUACAUACACAAAGACAUAUACAAGCUGGCACGAUAAAUGCCCGACAUUUUAACGUUAUUAUUGUCCUGUCAACGGGAAGCCAGUUGACAUGCUCGUGCGCCUGUGUGUGUGUUUGUGUAUCCAGCUGAUUUGCAUAUAAAAUAGGACGAAAUGUCUGCUCACC